CACGAUGAAACUAAAAUCUCAUGAAAAUUUUAUUUCACGAAACAUUUGUUUCAUGGUGCGUAUUCACGAGGAGAUCAAAAUUUCUCCACUCGCGAUUGUUUGAAAUUUUUAAUUCAUGAGAGACGAAGUACAGUAAUCUGCUGUUUUCACGGUGACUUAGUUGGUUCGUUGUUUGUGCAUUGUGAUGGCUACAAAAAAAGAUAGAAGAAAAGCUGCAGCUUGUUAUUACUUAUUAGCUUCGCAAACAAAGAAAUCUCACAAAAUUUGGGUACGCGAUUGGAUUAAACAAAGAGAAAACCACAAUUUAAUUAAUAAUCUAUUGGAAAAAUUAGAACAAGAGGAUGAGGAAUGUUACAAUAAUUUUCUCAGGAUGUCUGCUGCUGACUUUCAGUAUUUACUUAGCAAAAUAAAGCCUGAAAUAGAAAAACAGAAUACACUCAUGCGAAAUUCAGUUCCAGCAGCUGAGGGACUAGCACUAACGCUUCGAUUUCUAGCAACAGGAGAUAGCUACCACUCGCUUAUGUAUUUGUUUCGAAUACCAGUAUGUACUAUAUCGAGAAUAAUACCUGAAGUGUGCUCGGCAAUUUAUAAAAUUUCAAAAGAAGAAUAUCUACAGACACCAACCACUGAAGAUGAAUGGCUAAAUAUUUCACAGCAAUUUAAUGAGAAAUGGAACUUUCCGAACUGCUUAGGUACCCUUGAUGGUAAACGCUUACAUAUUAAAGCACCUAAACAUAGUGGAAGCCUCUUUUAUAAUUAUAAAGGCAUGCAUAGUAUUGUUUUGAUGGCACUGGCUGACGCAGAUUAUAAAUUUUUAUACAUUAAUAUAGGAAGUAUGGGGCGAAUUUCUGAUGGAGGAGUUUUUAACACGUGCUCCUUGACAACAAAACUUGAAAAUAAUAGUUUAAAUAUUCCAAAACCUAGGCCACUCGUAGGACGGAAUAAGGCCAUUCCAUUUGUUAUCGUAGCAGAUGAUGCUUUUGCUAUGAAACCAUAUAUUAUGAAACCUUACGCGUUUAGAAACUUGCAUGAUGGACAAAGGGUGUUUAACUACCGACUGUCUCGUGCAAGACGAAUAAUUGAAAAUUGUUUUGGCAUUGCUUCAGCUAGGUUCCGUGUUUUAAGAAAGCUAAUUGAAUUAGAACCAGAAAAAGUGUCCAUUAUAGUGUCGGCAAUAUGCAUUUUACAUAAUUUUUUAACGACCCGUUCUCGGAAGCUUUACGAUCCUAAUGGCACGUUUGAUGUUGAAGAUUACGAAAAUGGUACUGUUCAACCUGGUGAAUGGCGACCACACUCAAGCCUUAAGUCACUGCAAGUUAAUCGAAAUAUUCCAGGAAAUCUCUAUACCAGAGAAGUACGAGAAGAAUUAACUAAGUACUUUCAAGAGGAAGGUGAAGUUCCGUGGCAAUAUAAAUAUAUAUAUAAACUACUAUGUUUGGUUCCUUUGCACAAGCAUAGGGAUCGGGCUGCGAUUCUCUAG